UGUCGUUCGCAUGUUGUUUUGUAUCUGAACAACCCUUUUCAACGGCUUUUCACUUCAGUUUUAAAUUAAAUAUAAUAUUUUUCUUUGUUAGCUGUCUAAAUAAUACCAAAUUAUUCAUUUCCAAACCGUAGCAAUGCACAGCCGCAGUGCCAUGUAACUAUGAGUCGCUUAUAUACUUUACGAGUUUGCGCAUUCAAGUUAUACCUCCUAAAAAUAUCAAUAAUGACGAAGUAUACAAACUUCGUCUUCGCUAUCUCUCAACGCGCAUGCGUCGUAACUCAUCGGAAAAGGGGAAAGUGGAAAAAUCAUUACAGUAUACUCUGAGAAGCGUUUGGACAUAACUAUGGCGAUUGAGUGUGUUAUUUGAACAUGGCUGUUCAAGCGAACUUAGAACGCUAUUGCCGGCUUUGUGCCGAAGAGCAAGAAGUUACUAUAAUGAUAUUCAGUGCAGAAGCCGAAGCUAUGCUUCUUCAGAACAAAUUAAAUAAAUACUUAUUGAUUGAGGUUGAUGAAGAUGAUAAGUUACCCAAAAACAUUUGUAUAAAGUGUUGUUCAAAGUUGCAAACUGUGUGUGAGUUCAUUGACACAGCUCGAAAAGCUCAACAAAUUCUACUGGACCGCAGCAUUGUGCUAGAUCAGAUGACUGACUGCUUUACUAAUUCAAAUAUUAAGGCUGAGUCACCCUCUGAUGAUGAUGAAAUGGAAGUUAGUGUAGACCCCAUGGUAGUGCUGCAAAAUUCGGAAGAAACUAUGUCACUGAAUUUCCCUGUAAACUGUCAGUCUGCCCCUAAUGAUAUGACUAACAUGCAUGUGGAUGAAGGAGAAUUUGCUACCAUCAAAUUGAUCAAGAAAGGUGAUCAAACUAUGGCUGUUGAUAUUUCAUCAACUACUUCUACUAUUGAGGAGAAACGAGAUAGAGACUCAAAACCAUUCCCUUGUUUAACCUGCAGAAGAAGCUUUCUGACUGAAUUGGCUUUGAAAAAUCAUCUUUGGGUUCAUAUAAAUGAAGAUAAAACAAUAAAACGAUACCAAUGUAGCCACUGUCCUGAUAACUUUGACUACAAGUAUGACUUGAUUUCACAUCUCAAAGAACACAGGACCUCAGGGACAUGUAAUCUAUGUGGGAGAGCGUUUAGAACAGAAGCAAACCUUAAAGCCCACAUGGCCCUCCACCUGACAGCUGGUAAAUCUUACACAUGCAAGGUAUGUGGACGAUCCUACAACACCCGAAGUAACCUGACAACACACAGCAUCACACAUAGCAAUGAAAGGCCAUACCAGUGUCACAUAUGUAAAAAGAGUUUCAAGAGAAAUCAAGAUUUAAAGUUCCACCUCAAUCAACACACUGGAGCAAAACCCUACAAGUGUCCAUUCUGUGAUAAGUCGUUUGCAAGUUCAGGGAACUGCUAUUCACAUAGAAGUCGCAUGCAUCCAGGUCGACGGUUGGAACCCGGAAUGGUGCGCCGUCGUGUUAAUAGAGAUGGUGCUCCUCUGGGACGUCCACCUCGUCGCGUUGCCGCCUCAUCUGACAAACAGUUAGAUACUCGAAUAACAACCCCCAAAGUCACUGUAAAAGGUGUUCAAAGAUAUCAAUGUUCCAUGUGUGAUCACUCCUUCAUUAGAAGAGAUAACUUUACGUAUCACAUGUAUCAACAUACUGGUCAGAAACCAUUCCAGUGUUCCUUCUGUUCAGAAAGGUUUAUCACCAGGAAAGGACUACUACUGCACCACGACAAAGAACAUCAAGAGAGAGACCGCCCAUUAGCUCUGCUUUCGAAAAAUGUCUUACUCAAAUAACUUGGCUAGUGAUAUUUGAUAUCUAAAACUAUCUUGUUGUAUUUUUCAUUUCAUUUAAUUACUUUGUGUGUUAGGUAUAUAAGUAUUCUUAUAUUAACUCUAGGACAUAAUAAAAGCGCCUUUCAAUGUAACAUAGCAUCACGCCUGUAUUCCCGAAGGGGCAGGCAGAGGGUCAGUAUACUGCAUUAUUUUAAAAUACUUAUGAUACUGACCUAUAUUAAUAAUAAUAAUAUCUGCAUAUUAAUUUCGUAAAUAUAUAUAUGAUUUGUAA